AUGGAUGACGCUGCUGUCCUCAAGCGACGAGGCUACCUCCUGGGGAUAAAUUUAGGACAGGGCUCCUAUGCAAAAGUAAAAUCUGCUUACUCUGAGCGCCUGAAGUUCAAUGUGGCAAUCAAGAUCAUUGACCGCAAGAAAGCCCCCGCAGACUUCUUGGAGAAAUUCCUUCCCCGGGAAAUUGAGAUUCUGGCCAUGUUAAACCACUGCUCCAUCAUUAAGACCUACGAGAUCUUUGAGACAUCACAUGGCAAGGUCUACAUUGUCAUGGAGCUCGCAGCCCAGGGCGACCUCCUUGAGUUAAUCAAAACCCGGGGAGCCCUGCAUGAGGACGAAGCUCGCAAGAAGUUCCACCAGCUAUCCUUGGCCAUCAAGUACUGCCAUGACCUGGACGUCGUCCACCGGGACCUCAAAUGUGACAACCUUCUCCUUGACAAGGACUUCAACAUCAAGCUUUCCGACUUCAGCUUCUCCAAGCGCUGCCUGCGGGAUGACAGUGGUCGAAUGGCAUUAAGCAAGACCUUCUGUGGGUCACCAGCAUAUGCGGCGCCAGAGGUGCUGCAGGGCAUUCCCUACCAGCCCAAGGUGUACGACAUCUGGAGCCUAGGCGUGAUCCUCUACAUCAUGGUCUGCGGUUCCAUGCCCUACGACGACUCCAACAUCAAGAAGAUGCUGCGUAUCCAGAAGGAACACCGCGUCAGCUUCCCACGCUCCAAGCACCUGACAGGCGAGUGCAAGGACCUCAUCUACCGCAUGCUGCAGCCCGAUGUCAACCUGCGGCUCCAUAUCGACGAGAUCCUCAGCCACUGCUGGAUGCAGCCCAAGGCAUGGGGAUCUCCCUCUGUGGCCAUCAACAAGGAGGGGGAGAGUUCUCGGGGAACUGAACCCUUGUGGACCCCCGAACCUGGCUCUGACAAGAAGUCUGCCACUAAGCUGGAGCCUGAGGGAGAGGCACAGCCCCAGGCACAGCCUGAGACAAAACCUGAGGGGGCAGCAGUGCAAAUGUCCAGGCAGUCGGAGAUCCUGGGUUUCCCCAGCGAGCCAUCGACCAUGGAGACAGAGGAAGGGCCCCCCCAACAACCUCCAGAGACGCGGGCCUAG